AUUUAAUCCAGUUAGCCCAGUCCUGCCUCAAUCCUGAUCCUCACAGAUUGCUGAAGUCUGCUCUGGAUAGUGUCAAUCCCUUCGGAAUGAACAAGCACUGCUGAGCGUUAAGAAAUCUUGGAUUUGGAAUUGGACUUUGGCAAAUGGAAUUUGCAAUAUUACUGAAGUUGGCAGUGGACCUACAGUAAUUGCCAAUUUUAAAGGAUGUUGAACUGGGUAGCGAAGGUAGUGCCACAACCCCCUGAUGGGCAGGACAGUCUGGGGGAGGAAUUGGCCACAGCGGAUGGAAAAACGUCAAAUCGAGUCAAGCUAAAGUCAUCCAAAUCAAACAGGGAGGAAGACCAAACAUCUCAGACCUCACAGGGCAGUAUUCAGAGUGGUAUGAUGAACUGGCUCUCCAAUGGUUUCACGAGCGCACUGCCCCAACCUGCAGGGAGUCCUCUUCUGACCAGAGCUAACGCUGAAGCUAAAUCACUGCAAGGAGAAUGUACCGGAGACAGGACUGGAGUUAUUGGUUGGAUCUCACAGGGGAUUGGAAAGGUGGUUCCUCAGCCUGAUGAGAAAUACAGACGAGAACAGACUCCAGACUCUGAAGAAGUCACAGAGAUCUAUGAUGCCAAGGACCUCCCAGAUGCAGAGCCCUUGCCACACAUACCAGUGGUAGAGAUGGUGUCAGAAGACGAGUUAUCUGAGGUGGAUCUCCCUGCUCAGUUUCCUCCUAAAGUAAUGGGCUGGAUAAAGAGUGGCUUCCAGAACGCUCUGCCUCAACAUGUGAUCAGACCCCCAAAUAAUUCCACGACAUCCUCACCAAGGUCAUCACAGUGCUCAAACAAAGCUUAUUCGCCACCUCCAGAGUCAAUUACCAGCUUGACUAGUGAGGUUGAUUCAAAAGCAGCCAGUAUGGUGGGAAGGAUUGUUCAUGGUCUCGGCCUUUCACUGCCACAACCAGUGCUGAAAAACAAGGAGGACAGGGAGAUUGUGCAAAAUGGCAGUGCUAAAUCGAUUCCUGCAGACCUCAUUCUUGAGGAGGUGGACUCUGAAGAUGAGGCUCAAGCAAAGGAAACAUGUUCUGGACAGCCGGUAAAAACAGCCGUGAGCUCGCUGCCAUCUCUGCAAGCUCAUUCCCAGCCACAGACAACUCGGUCACAGGAACAAUGUCUUCCACUGAGAGUGACCACACCCUCACAAGCACACAUAGAGCUGGAGGAUGCAGAGACCCAAACAGCGCGAUGGAUACCCAUGAUCGAGAGCAUCAAGAGAGAGGCGGAGGAUACCGCCAUAUCAAUUAUGGAGGAACGGUUAAUACAGGAGCGUAUAGAGAUGGCGCGUAUGGCAGAAGAGGUUGCGAGGCAGACAGCAGAGAUGGCAGUCAGGGAGUUGGGGCAGGCUCGUUUUGGCAUUCAGACCAUUGUGGAAGAGCCAGAAGAUGUUGAUCAAGAGUGUCAAGAAGUACCUUUAAUGAAGGAGUUGGCUUCAGAAGAACAGGAGGCUGAAGGGGGAACAGAGACUGCAUUACCAACUGAAACCCCUGUAGAAGAGUUCAAGACCCUUUCACCCACACAAGAGGAACCAGAGCGUGAAUCUGAAUCUGACCCUGAGCUUGAGCUUGAACCCAAACCCGGAUCUGAAGGCUCUUUAGCUGAAGAGCUCCAUGAGGAAGAGGAACCCAGGGACUCUGAAGCUGAACCUGGCUCGAUCACUCAGCAACCUCAGUCCAUUUCCAGCAGCUCAACAUCAAGAACUGUUACACCGGUGGAGAGUGCAGCUACUGAAGAGGAAAGUAGUGUCCCUUCCAGAUGUGAUGCUCUGAAGAGCUGCCUCAUGCGCAUACCCUAUACACCACAGGCCCUUGACAGCUUCAACCAGUUCAUAAAAGACAACAAUAUCACCUUUCCCAAAGUGCCUUCCAUGCCCAACUUGCCCCCUGCUCUGGCUCAGAUCACCCAACAGCUGCCAUCGCUACCCCCUCAGCUGGCUCAGAUACCCCAACAAAUCUCCCAGCAAAUCUCCAAAAUCCCUCAGCAAUUCCCAAACCUGUCUCAGUCAUGUUUUAGUGUUCCUCACCCGUUUCCAAGCUUCCCCCUUCAAUUAUCCAGCCUCCCACAAUGGUUUUCCAUCUUUCCACAACAGGAAUCCAACAUUCCCCAGCAACUAUUCAGUAUUCCACAAAAGAUAUCCAGCAUUCCACAAAAGAUCUCCAGCAUUCCACAGUGUGCCCAGCAAUACUACUCUAACAUUCAGAAACGUCUAAACAAACUUAAGCCGGAGCAGGAUGCACAAGCAGCAACUGCCGAAGACUAGGGAUCUGGAACUGGACCAUCUAGUCCACCAGUCUCCUCUCCACUCCCCCUGUACCCUCUCGCCCUCCUCCCAAGUUCCAUUCUGGACCUGCCCAAGGUGCCCUCUUACCCCCGCCUGCCACCCAUCACCCCUUCUAGGCAGUUGUCAGGCGUCGCCAGCCCUGCCUUCCACAUUGAAGAUGACCCUACCUCCGCUAGACCCUCAGGUGAUCGACGCUGUCUCCUUUUUCUGUUAGUGCUUAGUCUGUCUGUGCAGUGCUAUGCUUUGCU